AUGGCAGAAGAAUAUAUUAACAUUGAUGAUAAUGUAAUGACUGGAGGAGGUCUAACAGAUGAAGAAAUUGUGGAAAUGGUAUGCCCUUCUAAUGAAGAACCCGAAGAAGUUAAUAACGAAAUAACAGUUCGACCUAUUGUAUUGGUUAAAGAAGUGUUAGGGGGUGUUAGUAAUGCAAUAGAAUUUUUGAUAAAUCCUCCUGAGGAUUUUACUUCUGAUGUUAAAAUGAUAUUAGAAUUGCAUAAA